AUGUCCUCCUGCCCACUCCCUUCUUCAUUCGACAGCGAUUCCGACUUCACCGAAGCAUCCCGCCUCUCAAAGUUCACCCGCCGCUUAAAAGAAGAGCCCUUAAUCCCCAUAGGCUGCCUAAUAACAGUCUAUGCCCUCUACCAAUCCUCACGCGCGAUCCGAGCCGGUGACAAGGCGCGCACGAACCGGAUGUUCCGCGCGCGCAUAUACGGCCAAGCCUUCACCGUGGCCGCCAUGUGCGCCGGCAGCUUCUACUGGGCACGGGAUCGUGAGGCGCGGAAGGCCUCUGAGGCUAAAAUAGCUGAAGCGAAAGCGAGGAAACAGCAGGCGGCGUGGAUCCGCGAGUUGGAGGUGAGGGAUCGGGAGGUGAGGGAGUUGCAGGAGAGGGUGAAAAGGUAUACUACCGUUAAGGAGCCUACGACUGCCCGGGAAACUAAGGCAAAGGUGGAGGAGGGAAAGUAAGCUUUGCCGUACCGGUAUUCCAGGGGGGGGCACCGGGGCGAUGAGCUAUUGUACAUAUUUCUGAUUGAAGAUUGCAAUUGACCUGAGUGCGCAAACUGUACAGCACAAGAGGUUCAAGCUCUCUUUUCAAUUGACCC